AUGAAAGGCGAUUUUUCAGCUGUUCUUUUCUCAGACGAUUCUCAUGUUAUCCUCAUUGGGACAGACAGACGGGGCAAAGAUGCAACAACUAACAAAAUCUAUCUAUCUAUCUAUCUAUCUAUCUAUCUAUCUAUCUAUCUAAGUCUGUUCAUAUCUAUCUAUCUAUCUAUCUAUCUAUCUAUCUAUCUAUCUGUUAGUCUGUUCAUAUCUAUCUAUCUAUCUAUCUAUCUAUCUAUCUCAUGUUUUUCUGUUCAUAUCUAUCUAUCUAUCUAUCUAUCUAUCUAUGUAGGUCUGUUCAUAUCUAUCUAUCUAUCUAUCUAUCUAUCUAUCUAUCUAUCUAGGUCUGUUCAUAUCUAUCUAUCUAUCUAUCUAUCUAUCUAUCUAUCUAUCUAUCUAUCUCAAAUUACCGAUUUAACGUUUGGCGGCGUACAAUCGUGUCUCAUGGGCAGGAGGAAAUCUUUAUCCUUGCUCGGUGACCCUCCUAGAGAUGGUAGCUCGAUAAAAGUAAUGAUAAUACAUUUAUUUAAACGGAUCUAUCUAUCUAUCUAUCUAUCUAUCUAUCUAUCUAUCUAUCAGGGCUUCUGA